AUGAAUCUCGGAUUUAUUCACCGGCGAGGGAAGCACGCAUACGGAAUACUGCUUUCAUUGCUACACAUCCUGAUAGUGGUCCAUGCUGUAAAAGAUACUCAAUGGGACAACGCGCUGACAAACAUCGUUCAACCAGAAGCCAGACUCCAAGACGUCCAGGUUGCUUGCGGUAAACGACACAUGCGAGUCCAUCUGGAUUUCGGUCCUCAGGCCUUCCAGGGCUUGGUUUUCUCGAAAGGAUAUCAUGGGCAUCCUGAUUGUGUUUACAUCAAAUCUGGAUCUAGCAUUAUCGGGGGUGUCGACUUCGAUGUAUUCUACGAUAAGUGCGGGACCAAGCCAGAUCAUGCAGGGAGCUUCUAUGAGAACACGAUCGUCAUCCAAUACGGCCAAGAUGUAAUCGAAGCGUGGGACGAGGCUAAACGACUCAGAUGUGAAUGGCAUGACGCCUACGAAAAAUCGGCUCUCAAAUCCCCGAGUAUUCAACUCGCCGACCUUGAGGUUCAAGAGUUGAAUUUUCAAGGGGAUAACAUUGGCUGCUGGAUGGAAAUCCAGGAGGGGAAGGGACCUUGGGCGAGACAAGUUUCUUCGAUUGUUCCUCUUGGAUCUCCUCUGACUAUGGUGGUUGCAAUAGCCGAUGAUAAUAACGAGUUUGACAUGAGAGUGAAAUCAUGCUGGGCGCACGAUGGGGUGAGGCCUCCUCUACAUUUGACGGACGAGGACGGAUGCGUUCUUCGACCAAAGAUGUUAACGCCAUUCCUGAAGGUUAAAGAUACGCAAGGUGGUCGGGCCAGCAUCGUCAGCUACUCGCAUUUCUACGCGUUCAAGUUCCCUGACACAAUCGAGGUUCAAAUGCAGUGCGUUGUAGAGAUCUGUCGAAAUGGCUGUCCGAAGGAUUGCCAUUCGCAGGAUUCCCAUCCACCACAUGUUUCGGUCGUCGAUCAUCAAGCUGUAUCUUCGAAUAACAUCAUCGACAAGAAACCUCUACCACUGCCGAAAAGCGUGACACGGGUUUCAAUCACCUCUACGCAACGACCGAAUUUUGUGCCUAUCUCGUUGCCCCCGAGAUCUGUGCAUCAUCCCUUCUUCAUACCUCCACCCCCGUCACAGCGCCCAGGCACGAUGCAAGCGAAACAUAGGGAAUCUCCUCUAACAGUCAAACACUCGGCAUCGAAGAAAGACCCUCUCUCGCAAUCAUCGAAUAAUGACCCUGCUCCGGUCUAUAUCCCAACAGAAGGAGUCAACGCGUCUGACGAAGACGAUCCCGCAUCUCUAGAGUCGACAGAAAAUUCCUACGAGAGAUCGGAAGGAUCCCAUGAUCAAUCAAUGAAAGAAACUACGAAACGCUUCUCUGCGGUCCGGCAUCAACCCCAGGGCGGUAAUGCGGAGCCAGGCAAUUACUGGAAACUUCCCCUCGGCACUCGGAACUCAAGAAUCCGCCGAGAUAUUGACGAUUUCGGAGUCCGAGGUUCUUUCCGAGUUGUCGCGGUUCAGGACCUCGCAUUCAAGCCCAACAUCAGUGCUGACGAAGCCAUGAUCGUCUACGAUGCUCGUCAGCAUAUCGACAUUGUAUAUGGGACGGUAUGUUUCCCCGCAGUCUCGGUUACCGCCUGUCUCGGACUCCUCGCACUAUUUUCUGUGUGCUCCUCGUGUAUCGCUGCAUACUUGUUCUGGGUACUACGGACUUACAGUGCUCUAAAAAGGAACAAAUGCAUUCAUUAG